AUGGCUCGUUCGAAGCAAAAGAAAGUGGAAAACCGUGAUUCUGGUGAAAUCAAUGAUGCAGCUGGAAAAGUAACCGAGAAAUCAGCAACGAAACCACUAAGUGAGCAGCGAAAAUCACGUCUUAAAAACAAUGUGACGGCAUCAAGAAGUGAGGAAGAGUUGAAGUAUUUCUUGAAAUGUGUCCGAUUUGCAAUGGAGCUCACUUGUGAGAAGAGUACGGAAAAGGAACGUCGUAGUAACUGUAUUCGAGUGGUGGCCUAUGUCGCAGUUGUAUUGGCAAAAGACGGAAAACUACAGCUGCUCGAAGCACUUGUUAAAUUUUGCCAAGAGAGCCAAAGUAACGAUUGUUUUAUUCAGCUUCACGAUGUGACAGUGGUGGCUGCACGAACGCAGAUAUGUUUUCUGAUUGGAAUGCUAUUCAACGCAGAUUUGAUCAUGAAUGAACGGGCGUUUGAAGCGAGGGAUUCGUUGCCAAUUGAUCAAUCUGUAAUCCCGUCUGAUCUUAAGAAUUCCCUCUACCAGAUUCUACUCCAACGGCGUCUAGACUCGAGCGCAGCCGUCCGUGUCGAAGUGCUGAAAGGUGUAUCGAUGAUACAGCACGAUUGUUUGACUGAAACAAAAGGCGGCCAGUCUAGAGGACCUUUCAUUACACCGUUACAAGUGUUGCGAAAACAUUUCCGUGAUGAAUCGUCGGAUUGUCAAUUGGUCGCUGUGCGAACGAUCUCACUUGCAGCCAAACCAGAAAUUGACCUUAUGGUUGAGAUGGCGUUAGGCAGCGCAAGUACAAAGGUACGGCGUGCUGCACUCUCAAGGCUAGCCAAAGAUGUCGACCUGAAGGCGUUAUCAAUAGCGCAACGCAUGGAACUGUUGAAGUUGAUGAUGCAAUCCAGAGAGCUUCGAAUCACAUUUUUAGCCUCAAUUCAUUGUGAUGCACUGAAUGAGAUGUUGAAUGAGUGGUUAACCGGUGCGACAGAUCGAGAGAGUAAUCUGUCAGAUGACGACGUGAUUGAUACAAGUGAAUAUUGUUUUGCUUCAACAAAAUUGUUGCGCUUUUUGGAACCGUUCAACGACGAAAAGACAAGUCACGAUCUGCUGGUGGUAGCGUUUCGACGAUGCCGUGAAAGACUGUUGCUGCAGAACGCAGAAGUGCAUGAAUUUGUGAAGAAAUUCAUUGAGAAUGCAAACGAUACAAUGACACAUUCGCACAGUUACAAUAAUUUGCUGAAUCGAAAAUUGACAACGCUAGAACAGGCAAACGCAAUAUUCGUAUGGCGAUGUAUGGUAGACUUUUGUGAGCAGGAGACGACGUCAGAUGCAGAUUGGAUCGAAUGCCGAUAUCGCUUAUUACCAACGCUUCAUACAUUCUGUGAUUUUGUUACGAAAUUCACGACAUUGAAAUCAUUGUAUGAUGAUGGUGAGGCUGGAGCGGCUUUUAAACAGUUCGCUCUGUUGCAAUUGUUGAAAUUGCUGUCUUGUUUCGAUAUGGAUGAUCCUGUUGGAAAGCAAAGUCUGCGAAAUUUAUCCGAAAUGAUUUUGACGAAUCGUCAGUUGGAUGUUUCGAAUGAAAUUGUGAAUACGAUUGUGCGUCACAUGUACACUUAUGUAUGGCCAAAUCCACAGGACAAUGAUGAUGCUCUGUCGACAAUUUGCGAUCUGACAAGUUCAAUGGUUCAUAAGUCGAUCAAUCCGAACGCAACGAUGUUAUUGGUGAACGAGACUAUUUCAUUGAGUGGACACUUACCAAAUGCUGAUACGACAAUCGCCCACGCCGACAAUGAAGUGGACGAAGAAACCCUUCUGAGGUGUAUACGAAUUGUGAGCGCUGUGUUGAAGACGAAUCGCUAUCGCGUGAUGACGGCUCUUCUUCGAGGCCUUCUUGAAAAUUUGAUAGAAAAGGGUGUUGUAUCAAUGAAUUCUGAAUGUCGUAUAUUGGCACUGGAAUCGAUGGGUAUUAUCGCGAUGUAUGACGAACGCAUUGCUUUUGAAAAAGUGAUUCUGAUCAAGGAUACGCUGGAAGUAGAUGACGAUCUUAAGCCAACCUCACUGAAUAUUCUGUGCAAUAUGUGCUUGUUGCAUGGCUACGCGAAUGUUUCGAAAUGGUUUGCUGGGAGUGCGGUGGAUUUUUGUGAUCCGCGAAAUGACUUAAUCAAAGUAUUUGUCGAGUUCAUCAAUGAUAAGGUAAGGAAGAAGCGUUCAUAUUUACAAAAAUUAUAA